AUGGCGGGUUCGCAGGCGGCUUCAUUCCGAGACCAGGCCUGGUUUCCGCGGUCUCUGAAGGAAUGUGCGGCGGGAAAUGCCAGCCUCCGAGAAACUUUCGUCUGUCACUUCUGUGGAAACCCCUUCAGCUCUUUCUCGCUCUUUCCCCAUCUGCGCACCUGCAAAGAGAAAGCAAGGAAUCUACAAAAGAAGGGUCGACGAACGCCGAUUGCAGCCCCGCCGGAUGUCCCAGCAACCUCAGAGUGGCGCGAGGAAUACAACGCGUGGGCUCGAGAUAUUGUCGAACAUCAAGAUCUUUUGACGCUUUGCCAACUUUGUGGCCAUGGUGUCCUUCAGAACAGGAUGUCUACACACCUAUGGAAAUGCAGCGUGAAUUCGAGAGAGGCGCAUGCGCACCGUCACGCCCUCACUCGCGUCCUCGCUGCGCCGUUCAGCCCCUACGAAGAGAAGACCGUAGAUCGGCGGCCUCGAGAGGCCCAAAUGCGGAGUGGAAAUCCCGCGAAUGCGUCUCGCACGAAUACACACUUUCACCAGCCACUUUUGCUCAGCGCCGUGGAGGCGCUCUGUCGAGAGAGCGGUGAAGCACACGGAGAGCGAGGCAGAAAGCCAGGCAGGAUACGUGCGUGCCCGAGGCUGCCGACAGAGAGAUCAAAGGGGUGCACAAGCGCCCAACGGCAGACCCCCGUAAGUAGGAUCUGCCGCCUUGCUUGCGUUACCGGUGUUCGCGGCCCAAAGAAGCCAGUGGAGGAACCGACACAGGAGCACAUCUACGCGAGGAAGCGCUUAGCAAGACCAAAAGUAAACAAAAAUCUCUCCUUUUCUGGCAAACAAGAGAGGCUGAAGCGUAUCUCAAGUGGUUCCACAACUCCCCCGAGCAUGUGA